AUGUCUCAUAGCAAACGCAAUACUUCACGGGCAGUGUUUACUUCGCAUGAAAGAUCACUCGCCAAAUCAGCCUGGAGCUCCACAAGCGCCCGCUUGUCGCGGGACUCCUUCCUGCCCUUUGCUUCUUGUCGGCUGUGCCUAAUCCCAGCAACAGAUCCUGUCUCAUGUUCACAUGGAGAUAUCUUCUGCAGGGAAUGUGCGCUAAGCAACAUUUUGGCCCAGAAGCAAGAAAUCAAAAGAUUGGCGAAAUUGAAAGAAAAGGAAGACAAAGAAGCCGUUGAGCAAGGAGAUCUUGAAGAAGAAGAAGCAGGCCGAAGAGCUGUCCAGGAGUUCGAGAAAAUCCAAAUGGGCCUAGAGGCAAAGAUGGGGGAAAGCUCCUCCAGCAAAAAGAUUAUUGGAAGACAAGCUGGGAAAAUCCUAGUAGAGGAAGUUGCUGAUAGCAAGAGAGGAGAAAAGCGAAAGUUUGAACUCGAUGAAGACGAGCUUCUUCGUAUUGCUCGCGAGGAAAGGACGAAAGCAAGGAAGGCAAUCGAUGAGGAAAAGGCUUCAAAGACCACUUUGCCGUCAUUCUGGGUGCCCUCUAUCACCCCUAGCUCAAACACCAACACGACCCUGCAUAACAUUGCAAAGAAAUCCAAGCAAUCGCCCGUAUGUCCUGCAUCUCCAGCUGACAAGCCCCACCACUAUUCUCUCCAUGAGCUGGUCACAGUCGCCUUCACUGAAGAGAAAGACACAACUACCAGGAAGAGUCAACGGAUAUGUCCAUCAUGCAAGAAGGGCUUGAGCAAUACCUCAAAGGCUAUGCUUGCAAAGCCUUGUGGCCAUGUUAUUUGCAAGAGCUGUGUUGGGAGGUUCAUGACUCCUUCUGGAAUCUAUGACCCGCACGCUCCAGAGAUUGAUCAGAAUGCCAUCUAUUGUUAUGUAUGCGAGGCAGACCUAACCGAGAAGCCGGUGAUCUCGUCAGGGCGGUCACUCAACAAGAGCGAGUCAAAGGGGAAAGUCAAGCCCGGAUUGGUUGAAAUCAAGAGUGACGGCACAGGAUUCUCAGGCUCUGGGCAGAACACUGUUGAAAAGGCUGGAAUAGCUUUCCAGUGCUGA